AUGGCGAUUCAUCCUCUUUCUCAGUCCACUGUGCGGCUUUUGGGCUCGUCAAUGAACAUUGCGACACCGUGCGAUUUGGUCAAGGAACUACUAGAUAACGCGCUGGAUUCUCAAGCAACUGCUGUCGAAAUAAGCACUUCUUCAAAUACCAUUGAUAGAAUUUCAGCCAAAGACAAUGGAAACGGCAUCGACAUAGAUGAUUUCAGCGCCCUGGGCCGACGGGCACAUACUAGCAAGCUCAGAGAGUACAGCGAAUUGAUCAAAAUUGGGGGUACGACACUUGGAUUUCGUGGAGAAUCAUUGGCGAGUGCCAAUUCGAUAGCAAAUGUCACGAUAAUUACAAAGAGACCCGGGGAUCCCAUAGGCUGGCGGAUCGACUUAUGUCCUGGCACCGGUGGUGUCAAGGACAAGCGGCCAGUCUCCUCUACGGUUGGAACCACAGUGACAGUUACGAGACUAUUUGAGAAUCUUCCGCCCAGACGGCUGUAUGCUCUGAAUGAAGCGAAGAAGACUAUUUUACAAAUCCAACAACUUCUAUGGCAAUAUGCUUUUUCUCGUCCAAAUGUCAAGAUGUCACUGAAAAUAAUAGGAGAUAGCAAACCGCUCUGGACUUACUCGCCAAAGUCGCCAGACCUAAAGCGAGAGGCAAUUUUACAAACAUUUGGUGCAAAUGAAAUGGCCAAUUGCGUUGAGAUAUAUGAAGAGAUUUAUUUGAACAGGGAAUCGACAUUCCAAAUCGAGAUUCGAGAGCCUGCUCGAUGGGUGUUUAGCGGCUAUUUCUGGAAGCCUUACAACACUUGCAAAAGUUCGCGAGCGUAUCUAUCUAUUGAUAGAAGGCCAAUGUCUGUCGGGUGGCAGAUCACCAAAAAAAUGAUUGGCAUUCUGAAAGCGCACAUGUCUCAGGCUACGACACCCAAAGUGGCAGAAAGACACUCUGGUGUGUUUCUGCAAAUGAACAUACAAUGUCCUCCAUGCAGCUACGACCCGAACGUCUCGAUGAGAAAGGAUGAGCUCUUUUUUUUUGAAGAAAAGAGUCUUCUUGAUGGCUUUGAGCUUGCGUGUACUCGAGCAUUCGAAAAGCACAGCCAGGCCCUUGCAGCUGCGCAAACGCCGGUCACUCCUGUUAAACAGCCGGAUGCUGUUCCAAACCGUGAAGGACAGUCUAUAACUGAGGGUAAAGAUGGUGGUCUUUCAUAUGCCUUCACUGGUAGAGCCAGCAGCCCACAUGACAAUAUCCAGGCCCAUCAUAGCGCCUCAGGGGUUACCAGACCGAAGGUCAAGACUACCAUGAAGACAACUUUCGAAGUGAACAUGGGGCAAAAGGAGGAUAAUGAUUCAGACCAAGAACACAUGGAUACGGCUGUCGAGGUGGAAAUUCCACCCGAACCAUCCUCCGUUCGGGACAGUCAGGCAAGCAAUAAUGAGCAUCAUCCGCGCCAAACCAAAACAAUUCGUCAUUACUUUCACUCGACGCACAAAGACGACUUCAGAAUCGCCUGUGAUAGUACAUCAACUCCCGGAAUCCUAGUAGAAAGCCCAGUUAGUCAUCAAUCAGACGAGUACAGUCCUUCCAAUCGCACUCCCUUGCAGCCCCUGAGCGACAUCGCCAUGAACAGAAUACGAGAAGAAGCGGAGUCAAGUCCAGAACCACCGGGAUCAGAAGCAAUAUCAUCUGGCGACUCGGGGGCCGGAGAGGACAGCUCCGUCUUUGAACAGGGCAAGGCCAAGUUCUGA